GUAGGUGUGGGUGCAAAUAACCCUAACAAAAACUCUAACCGAAGGAGAAGGUUCGAAGUCUUCUUCCACGUGUCUUCGCCAAUUAAAAUCAAACACGUGUCAGAAGCUCUCUUCGCCAUUGUUCGCCCUUUGAGUUCGUUCGUCUGCGAUCUCUCCAACGAUCAACGAAACCAAAGAUCAAGCUUCCACCAUGGUGGUUCUCCAAUCACUAAAUCUCUACGCAGUACUAAUAUCCCUAGCGAUUCUAUCACAAGUUUCUCAAUCUCUCCACUUCGAGUUACACUCUGGUCGAACAAAAUGUAUAUCAGAAGACAUCAAAAGCAAUUCCAUGACCGUCGGGAAAUACACCGUUGUUAACCCUAACGAAGCUCAUCCUUCACCUCAAUCUCACAAGAUCUCAAUCAGAGUGACAUCGAGUUACGGGAACACGUAUCAUCACGCGGAAGAUGUUCAAUCUGGACAAUUCGCGUUUACGGCGGUGGAAGCUGGAGACUACAUGGCGUGUUUCACUGCUGUUGAUCAUAAACCGGAGGUUACAUUGAGUAUUGAUUUCGAUUGGAGAACUGGUGUU